AUGAGCGACCGCAUCCGCCAGCUCGAAGACGCGCUCGCGAUCCUCCAGUCCAGCGUCACGCGCGACCUGCACCCGCUGCUCGUGCACGACCUGCUCAAGAUCAAGUCCGGCCUCGAGCUGCACUCGGCGGCGCACCUCCAGGGGCGCGCGGCACACAGCGACGACGCCGGCGAGCAGGGCGACGAGGAGUCGCAGUACAUCGACGCGUUUGGCACGCUGGCCGUGCGCGACGACGGCGCGGCGAUGUUCUACGGACGCUCGGCGGGUUCAGAGAGCCUGCUUUUGGACGAGAAUGAGAAAUCUGGACAGCCACCGCCUGCCGCGCCGCACGCAUCGCUGCCGCGCGCGCUGGCCAGGCUGACGACCGCGUUCCCCGCCGCGCCGUCUGGGCUCGCGGACGCGGACGCGGACAUGGACGUGCAGGAGCUGAUGGAGGCGCACCUGCCGCCGUGGCCGCGCGCGGCGCAGCUGUGCGACCUGUACCUGGAGCAGGCGCCGUGGUUCUUCGGGGCGGUGACGCGGCGGCAGCUCGUCGAGGAGGUGCUGCCGCUGUUCUACGCCGAGGCGGUGGAGUACCGCGCGCACGCGGGCGCGAGCGGCAGCGGGAGCAUCGAGGCGGGCGCGCAGCUGAGCAGCUCCGCGGCGGCGUUCGACCUGCAGCCGGCGCGCACGCCGGGGACGGCGCACGACCUGGCGCUGCUGUUCGUGACGUUCUGCUUCGGCGCGCUGACGGACGUCGAGCUGCCGCCCGCGCCGCACAACUCGGAGGCGGAGCAGUACUUCCAGCUGACGCGCGCGGCGCUGAACGCAGAGCCGCUGCUCGAGCGGCCGCCGAGCGUCGUGACGGUGCAGACGAUGGCGUGUGCCUGGUGA